CUCAGCGGUUCUGGCGGGAGAGAAGGAAGGGGAGAGGCCGAGUCCCGGGCCGCUAGGGAGCGGUGCUGCCCCAGGGCCGAGGGAGGAGCUUUCCCAGUCUGCUGGGAAAGGGCUGGCCUCAACCUGCAUGCGUGGGUAGGAGCGAACUAGCCGGGAGCUCUCCUGCAGAGUCCGGGUGGCGGACACGGCCGGACCGAGUCCCGGGAUCUCCCACGUAACUCUGAGCCACGGGUCACUGGAUGCCCCAGAUUAUUGGGACCUAAUCCGUGAUUUAAGAUCCUCAGGGUCUUGCAAGUCAGAGCCUGGAUUUAACCCUGGACACCAAUUCCCGGAACGGGUCCUCCGGCCGGACUCCGGAUCUCUAGAUCCCACAGGAGAUUCCCUAUCCCGACCAGAUUCCAUAUCCUGAGAUCCCUGGAUCCGUCGCCUCUGGCUCCUGCACCUCCCUGUGUGCCCAGAGCCGAGCGCCCGACACCCGAGCGCCCCCACAUGGCGGGGCCGUGCCCGGGGUCCGGAACCCUGGAGCGCGCGGGCAGCUUCUGGCAGGACCCGCUGGCUGAGGCGCUGAGCCAGGGCCGGCCGCUCGCGGCUCCCCCGGGCCGUGGCUGUGCUCGAAGCCGACCGCUCAGCGUGGUCUACGUGCUGACCCGGGAGCCGCAGGCCGGGGUGGAGCCCGAGGCUGGAGCCGAGGUGGAGCCGCUGCCCCUGCGCUGCCUGCGCGAGGCCUGCGCGCAGCUCCCCGGGCCGCGGCCACGGCCGCAGCUGCGCACCCUGCCCUUCGGGAAGCUGGCUCUGGGAGACACCGCGGCGCUCGAUUCUUUCUAUAACGCUGAUGUGGUGGUGCUGGAGGUGAGCAGCUCCCUUGCACAGCCUUCCCUGUUCUACCACCUUGGUGUGCGUGAGAGCUUCAGCAUGACCAACAACGUGCUGCUCUGCUCCCAGGCUGACCUCCCAGACCUGCAGGCCCUGCGGGAGGAUGUUUUCCAGAAGAACUCCGAUUGCGCUGGCAGCUACACAUUGAUCCCCUAUGUGGUGACAGCCACUGGUCGGGUGCUUUGUGGUGACGCAGGCCUCCUGAAAGGCCUGGCUGAUGGGCUAGUUCAGGCCAGGGCAGGCACAGAGGCUCUGCUCACACCCCUGGUGGGCCGGUUUGCCCGCCUGCUGGAGGCCACACCUACGGACUCUUGUGGCUAUUUUCGGGAGACCAUUCGGCAGGACAUCCGACAGGCACGGGAGAGGUUUAGUGGGCAGCAGCUGCGGGAGGAGCUGGCCCGCCUGCAGCGGAGACUGGACAGCAUGGAGUUGCUGAGCUUGGAUAUCAUCAUGAACCUGCUGCUCUCCUAUCGUGAUGUGCAGGACUACUCAGCCAUCAUUGAGCUGGUGGAGACACUGCAGGCCUUGCCCACCUGUGAUGUGGCUGAGCAGCACAACGUCUGCUUCCACUACGCGUUUGCCCUCAACCGGUGUGUGGCAGAGCAAGGCUCAGGCCAUAGCCACAUGGGGACAUGGGUCUCUGCUGUGUGAGGUCAUUGCUGUCUGGGGUUUCUGCUGUCAGAGAAUUUGCUGACCAGGGUCACACUGAUGUCAAAUGAUCCCAUUAGUUCUGUUACUGCUGCCCGGGUGGAGUGGGGUGGUGGUUCUGCCCUUAGAGUGGCCACAGCUGUCCCAGGUCACUGCUCCUCAGAGUCACUGCAGCUAGUAAUCACCUCCAUCUGGGAUCACCACCUCAAGAAAGGUCAGUGCUGACCUGAGUCACCAUUGCUUGUGGUGCAUUACUGUCAGGCUCUUGGAAGGAGCUGUGCAGUUUAGGGUCUGGGGGUUCCAGGACAGAGUGAGGCAGGGCCACUGGGCAGGUCCCCAGCCUACAUUCCUCUUCCUCUAGGAGGAACAGGAGGGGGGACCGGGAGAAGGCCCUGGCUGUGCUGCUGCCACUGGUACAGUUUGAGGGCUCAGUGGCACCUGACCUGUAUUGCAUGU